CAGGGAGUGGCGGACCAAGACUAAUCUGACUUGGAACGGAACGAGACCCGUGUGCACUACGACCUCAACGUGACUUAUUCAUUUGAGCCCUCAAUGUCUAGUGGCGAUCCAAAACACGACAAAAUCAUCACACUUAAUAUUCCUUUUUAUGUUCUUCUGCAGCAAAUACAAGGUAUCUUAGGUGGACUAAAUGAAGACGAGAGGGGUCUUGUUCUAAACCUGCUCGAAGAGGCUAGAAAGCUAUCGGGAGAAGGAGGGCUUUUUACGGAACUAGUCGUGUACGAUCUUCUCUUUGGCUACAACGACCCCCUGCUGGUCUACAUCAUCAAGGAUAUCGAAGCUCUGCCCGACGUCCUUGGGGACUGGGUCAAGAAACUUAAGACUUUUGCAAAAACCAUCAACCCUCUUUUCGGAUUAGAGAACGUGACGGAGGUGGAAUGUGGUAACCAGGUGUACACCGGGAAAGACGACAUCUCUCAGAUUGGACAGUUCAUCGAAUGGAACGGAAACUUCGAAAUCUACAAACAUGGGGGAUGGGGAACGCCCGCUGCAAAAAUGCUCAACGGGACGGCCGGCUUUAUUUUCCCUCCUGGCGUCAAAAAGGGGCAUAACGUGACUGCGUUUAUAUCUGAACUUUACAGAUCUGGUUACUUCUCGUUCACAAGUCAAGACUCUCUACGGCAUCAAUCUCUAUCGCUAUGCCCUCCCUGGAGACGAGCUAGUCAGCGCCAACCAAGACCCUGGUUUCUAUGCCAACGGGCCAAACGGUGUCCUAAAUCUAACGGCGGUAUUUGAGGAGAGUGCACCAGUGUUUGCCUCGAAACCUCAUUUCCUCGAUGCUGACAAAGGCUACUUGAAUAAUGUGACGGGAAUGGACCCUGUUCGAAGUCUGCACGAUUCUUACCUCGACAUUGAGCCUAUUACUGGUGCUGUAAUGAGAGCGGCAAAGAGAAUACAGAUCAAUUUGAGGCUCGUGAGGAACUCAGAUUUUGUCGAGACUAACAGCACCAUGCCACUGCUAAUGAUGCCGGUGUUUUGGGCCUCUGAAGAAGGCUCACUGACCAAAUCUCUGGCCAACGAAUUCAAAGAGAAGGUGUACGUUGCCAAAUAUGGCAUGGAGGGUGCAGUUUGGGGAGGUGUUGGACUUGGAGGGCUGGUAUUUUUGACGAUGACACUGUGUUUCUUGGGUCUAGUGAUACAGCAGUGUCGUUAUCGCCGUGGCAACCAGAGGAGGCCUGCCGCUAUCAAUCCCGAUGAAGAUGGACCUCUUUUGAACUAACCCAGCUAGUGAAUUUUUAUCAUCUACAUAAUUAUGUGCACAUUAUAUUGGGUGUCAGUAUUCGUUUGUUAUUUAUAGCACCGCUAUGACGGAACGGAGUAGCGUUCUAAAAAUAGACUAUAAAUA